CUUUUUAUUAUAAGAGCUACUCGUCUGACACGCCAUGGCACAAAAAUUUGUUAUUAUAAACCAUAUAAAAUCCCCGCCAUAGACUCCCAUGUCCACACAUGUUCUUCUUCUCUCUACGCUCUUUUCUCUCUCUCUCUUUCCCUCUCAAUUUCUCCUUUCUUCUAGUUGUACACUUCUUCCAAAUCAUUUUCUCUGCUGAAAGCUAAAACCCAUUUUCUUAUACUUUUAAUCAAUAUUAGCGUCGCUAUUUUUCUCUGCUCCUUUCUCUCUCCUCCCAUAGUUGAAUAACAACUUGUUGUUCAUCCGUGAACUAAUUCAAUAAAGUGGAGGAGAGAGAUCCAAACAAACAUCACAAAUCCGUUCAACAAAUUAAACAAACAUUAUAUUUAACUUGUGAUUAAUUCACAACUUUUUCUAUCUUUUUUUCCUUUUUAUUUCUGGAAAACUGCAUCAUAUUCUCAUCUGAUCAGGUGAUCGAUUUUAGAUACGAAGAUGACGCCGAAACAAUUAGCAAAGAUAAUUUCUGGAAAAAGAAUGUCGUUUAACAAUGAGGAAGGAUCAACAUCAUCGAAUUCGAAUCACGAAGAGGAUUUUGUGAUAGAAAAACCGAGAGAUAGGUUAAAAUCGUCCAGAGGAAGCCGAUUCGACCUGCUUGUGCACGAGUUAAAUCACGAGUCGGUUGAGAGGCAGUUUAGUAGAGAAGGAUUCUUUCAUGGUGUCAAAGAUCUUUAUCACGGUCUUGUCAUUCAUCCUGAGAAUAACAGGUGGUACAGAGCAUGGGAUAAGUUCAUUCUACUAUGGGCAAUCUACUCUUCAUUCUUUACACCCAUGGAGUUCGGAUUCUUCAACGGACUUCCUGAGAACUUGUUUGUGUUGGACAUUGUAGGACAAGUUGCUUUCCUUUUGGACAUUGUGCUUCAAUUCUUUGUUGGAUACAGAGAUAAGCAGACAUACCGAAUGGUUUAUCAACGUCCUGCUAUUGCCUUCAGGUACCUGAAAUCGACUUUUGUCAUUGAUUUGCUGGCUUGUUUGCCGUGGGAUCUUAUUUACAAGGCAUCCGGCCACAAAGAAGCUGUGAGAUACUUGCUAUGGAUCAGGUUGUGUCGAGUACGUAAGGUACAUUACUUUCUGCAAAAGAUGGAGAAGGAUAUAAGGAUCAAUUACCUCUUUACCAGGAUUAUUAAACUUGUUACCGUUGAAAUCUACUGUACACAUACGGCAGCUUGCAUCUUUUAUUAUUUAGCCACCACAGUUCCUGAACGAGAAGAAGGAUACACUUGGAUUGGUAGUUUAACAUUAGGAGAUUAUAGCUAUGCGCACUUCAGGGAAAUUGAUAUUUGGAGGAGGUAUACAACAUCUCUAUACUUUGCCAUCGUCACCAUGGCUACUGUAGGUUAUGGAGACAUACAUGCUGUCAAUAUGAGGGAAAUGAUAUUCAUUAUGAUCUAUGUCUCUUUUGACAUGGUUUUGGGUGCUUAUUUGAUCGGUAAUAUGACAGCAUUGAUAGUUAAAGGUUCAAAGACAGAACGAUUUAGGGAUAAAAUGGCAGAAGUAAUGAAAUAUAUGAACAGAAAUAGGCUUAGCAGAGACCUCCGCAAUCAGAUCAAAGGUCAUUUACGCUUACAAUAUGAAAGUAGCUAUACUGAGGCAUCUGUUCUGCAGGAUAUUCCCAUAUCUCUUCGAGCUAAGAUUUCCCAAACACUAUAUAUGCCAUACAUAAUAAAAGCACCUCUAUUUAAUGGAUGUUCUACAGAGUUCAUCAAUCAGAUUGUUAUCAGAGUCCAUGAAGAAUUUUUCCUUCCCGGUGAAGUGAUUUUGGAGCAGGGCAAUGUCGUAGAUCAACUUUAUUUUGUCUGUCAUGGAAUGUUGGAGGAGAUAGGCAUUGGAGAACAUGGGUCAGAACAGACAAUUUCAAUUCUUGAACCUAAUAGCACUUUCGGACAGAUUUCCAUCUUUUGCAACAUUCCUCAACCUUCUACCGUCCGGGUCCGUGAGCUGUGUCGGCUUCUGCGAAUUGACAAAGAGUCUUUGAGUAAUAUUAUCGACAUAUACUUCUAUGAUGGGAAGAAAAUCUUUGACAAUCUCCUUGAGGGAAAUGACGGGAAAUACAACUUGAAGCAAGUUGAAUCAGAUAUUGCAUCUCACAUAGCAAAGCAAGAAUCAGAGCUUGCUCUCAAAGUAAAUAAUGCUGCAUAUCAUGGUGAUCUUUAUCAGCUUAAGAGUUUGCUCAAUGCUGGAGCUGAUCUAAAAAAGACAGAUUACAAUGGAAGAUCUCCACUGCAUAUAGCCGCAUCAAGAGGAUACGAAGAUGUUGUUGUUUUUCUUAUUGAAGAAGGAGCUGAUGUUAACAAGUCAGAUAACUUUGGAAAUACACCCUUAUUAGAAGCAGUGAAAAAUGGACAUGACCAGGUUGCUGCACUAUUGUACAGAGAAGGAGCAAAAAUUGAUGUCAAAGACGUUGGAUCUUUUCUUUGCACAGUAGUUCUAAGUGGAGAUGUGGAAUUUCUGAAAAGAAUUCUUGCUAAUGGAAUAGAUCCUAACUCCAAAGAUUAUGAUCAUAGAACUCCACUACAUGUUGCUUGUUCUCAAGGGCUAUUCUUGAUGGCAAAGGUACUGGUGGAAGCUGGAGCUUUUGUUACGUUGAAAGACAGGUGGGGCAACACGCCACUAGAUGAAGCUUGGAACUGCGGAAAUAAGCAUUUGAUAAAGCUACUUGAAGCUGCAAAGUCUGCUCAAAUCUCUCAAUCAUCUGGAAACCUUGAAGAACUACUUGAUAAAACACUGCACAAAAAAUGUACUGUGUUCCCAUUCCACCCAUGGGGAAGCAAAGAGAACAGAAAGCCAGGGAUCGUUUUAUGGGUACCGCGCACAAUAGAGCAGCUGAUUAAGAUUGCAUCAGAAAAGUUAAACUUCCCAACGGCUUCUUGUAUUUUGUCAGAUGAUGGAGGUAAAAUACUUGAUGUAGAUAUGAUCGACAACGGUCAGAAGUUGUAUUUGAUUAGUGAAACCGAAUAGGCUGUAUUCAAAAUCAAUUUUUACUCGCUUGUUCAUGCUCAUGUUCAUUUUCAUGUAUAAUAUUGAUAACUGAUUCUAUUACCAAUUCCUCUGUAAAGGUACUACAGAAGAGUGCAUUUUUAAGUUUUUGUUAGAUAUAGGCAUAUCAUAUGAGUUGAUGAUGGUAUAAACAAAUAAUUUAAGAGUGUACUUUUGGAAUUUGGAUGAUGGACUGUUCCAACUUUCUAUGUACAUAGUUGUACAAUGAUAUUAGUUAGGAGUACUACUUGGUAACAUGAGUGAGUUACUAUUGCUUUUAAA